UUCUGCGUUUCUCGCGUGCGCGGAUUGGUCAGGGCUGGGUGCGCGCGUCCGGUCACGUCCCCCCUCUCACCGGCUCUGGAGUAGGGGGCGGGCGACGGGAGCCGGAGUGCGGCGUAUCGGUCGCCGGGGGCCGGAGCCAGUUUCGUGGAGCGUCACGGCUGCCGGUGUCCCUUGUCAGUCCGGGGAGCGGGAGGGGAGCCUCGGAGGCGGCCAUCCUCAGGCCAAGUCUGCCCGCUGAGCACGAUGGGCGAAGCCGUGGCCAGAGUGGCCAGGAAGGUGAACGAGACGGUGGAGAGCGGCUCCGACACUCUGGACCUGGCCGAGUGUAAGCUGGUCUCCUUCCCGGUGGCCAUCUACAAGGUGCUGCGGACGGUGGCCGAGCGGAUCCGCCUGGUCAUCUUGGCCGACAACGAGCUCCAGACCCUCAGCGGCAAGUUCAUGACCACCUUCGGCCACCUCCGAGAGCUCCGCCUGGAGGGAAACUGCCUGCACGGGCUGCCUGAUGAGGUGGGCACCCUCCAGCACCUCCAGGCCAUCGACCUGUCCAGAAACCAGUUCCAGGACUUCCCAGAGCGGCUCACUGCCCUGCAGGCCCUGGAGACCAUCAACCUAGAAGAGAAUGAGAUUGUGGACGUGCCCGUGGAGAAGCUGGCCGCCAUGGCGUCCCUGAAGAGCGUGAACCUGCGGCGGAACCCCCUGAACGCAGAGGUGCGGGCCGUUGCCCGGCCCCUCCUCAGCUUCGACCUCCUGCUGUCCCCCGAGGGGGCCCGGGGCGAUGCGGCUCCCUAGGGGGUGGGGGGUCAGCCGGGGGAAGGGGGAGGGGAGCGUGGUGACGGGACCCCCUAAAGGCCAGGGGAGGGGAGGUGGGCCUCGGAGAAGCAGGUGCAAUGCCACAGAGGGCCUUUGAGGGUGCUGGAGGAGAGGCUGGGGAAGACCUCGUGGGGGGGCCUUCAAACUGAGCUUUGAUGGCAACCGGGGAUUCUGGGAGGCAAAGGUGCCAGGUAUGGGGCACAGCCCGGGCAAAGGCACGGCAAUAAGAAAAGGCACACGUCCUAAGCAGAGCCCUUUGCAAAUAUGGCAGCAUGACAAAUGCCAGGGAUUAGGCCAAGUAUCAUCUCACCCUAGUCCUCUGUGCCCCGAUGUGCUUGCCCAAGGCCCAUGGCCACCCUGUGGGCACACACUGCCUGCCAGAGUGACUUACUAGAAGGCUGAGGGAUUCUGCCAGCGCUCCCCUCCCCCUCUCCACCUCCUCCCUGCCCCUCUACCCAGCAGCCCAAUGAAAGUCUUCCCUCCCCUGAGUGGGGUGGGGGCAGGGCAGGGCAUGUGACCUCUGGGGCGGGGCAUGGCACACCUCACAUGGUCUCUAAAAGGUUCACCAUCACUGCCCCAGCAGAGGUCCACAGUAGCCCCACAAGGACUCGGCUCCUCAGGCUCACUUCCUAAAGCCAGUAACAGACCACAGGCCGGCCAGCCCUAGGCGCCCUGCCCAGGGACGGCCUUGUCCAGGCCAAACCCCUUGAACCCUAGCCCUGGCUCAGCAGCCAAGGACAAAGCAUUCGCUUCUGUGAGCCUCAAUGCCUGCCUCUGUAAAACGGAGCUCCUCCAACAUGCCCCCUCCCUCCCAAGGUAGUGAGGAGGGAAGGGGCUUGCAGAAGACCCCCAACUCGCCCCCCUUCCAUCUGCCUCCCAAGUGGCUUCUGAAGGGAGAAUCGCCCCAGGGUGAGUCCCCAAGAAAGCUCCCAAAGAGCCUGGCUUGGGCGGUCCUGGCCCCGAAAUCACAGGAAUCCUGCUUGGGGCAGGUUCUGGUGCCCCCGGAGAAGAAAAGAAAAACAGGGGUUGCUGUGUGCUCUCUUCCCCCCACUCACACCCCGAACCGGAGGGACUGGGGGGGGGGGGCCUCUCCCUAGCGCUCCUGGGCUAGCCUCCCAUAACGGAGAAUCUGAUGGGGCCGUGGCCCUGGUGGCACCCUGUGCGGGGCGAGGGGACGCGUCCCAGACCGUGCAUGCCCUCCUGACGCCGCUGCCCAUCUCCUCAGGGCCUGUGAGUCUCCCUCUUCUGCCAUUGAUGCCGGGAUCCCCAGCGCCCUGGUCGCCCCCAAUUCUCUCCCUCCCCACAGUCACUCUGGGGUGUCUGCGUGUGGGUGCCCGACCCUCACAGCCCCUCCUCCCUCUGCCUUAGUCCCAGCCAUGACCGCUAGUUCCUGGCACUGCCCACGAGAAGGUCGUUGUCCUUCGCCCUGGAAGAGAGCGUGUGCGUGUGUGUGCGUGUGUGUGUGUGUGUGUGUGUGCGCGUGUGCGUGCGUGUGUGUGUGCGCCACCACGGGAGCCGAGGCUCUCCUCUGCAUGGGCUCAGCGGGCCCUGGAGCUGCUGCGAUUCUGCUCUGCCCACCGAGCAUGGCACCUUCUUCAAUGGGGCACCCCUGCUGGACGGCCUGCAGAGACCCUGGGACUUCCCUCGUCCCUCUUCCGACGUCAGCGCUUGCUGGUGGCUUCUCGUGCCUCGGGGCCCUCGCUCGGAUGCUUGGCGGCUUGGCUGAGGCACGUUCCUGAGGGCGGGGACUGGGGUUUGUUUUGUGCCUCCCCAAAUGGCCUGUAGGAAGCCCCCGUUGGUGCACGCUGGCAGAGCGGCCAUCUCCGCCCCUCUGUGUCUGCCCACACCAGCCGGUGGCCCGGCUCUUCCUCCCUCCAUUCCCGGGGCCUGACGGGCUGUGUGUGAGGAUUCAGGCCUGGCACCGUGCCCGACUAUGCCGCCAAGUCCCGCAUCUGGCCUCGAGGCCAUCUUCCUCUCGUGCCCGCGGGCUCUGCCGCUCGGAGGCCUCCAGAAAUGCCACCCCUCCCCGCCAGGAGGGAACGAGCCGGGCCGACGGGUCUGGUCGAGAGCCUGGCAGAGCGGGGAGAUGGGCAGGAGCCAAAAGGAGACGGUCUGGGCCAAGCCGUGGCCAGGAAGGGGGCCAGGUGCCAGGGCCAGUCACGGUCUGGGCUGGGGACGUUCCCUGCUUCAGCUGCUACCCCCUAGGCUUAGAGGGGAAGAUUCCCAACGGGCAGCACUUGGACGCGGCUACACCCACCUCCGGGCGCCCUCUCUCUAGAGAUGAAGGAACUGAGGCCCCCGAGGGGAAGGGGCAGAGCCAGGAUCGCCCGCUCUUGGCCAUCAGGCCAGGCUGGAGCGGAAGUCCCCGACUUCCAGGUCACGUGCCACGUGCCCACUGUGCCCGCCGGCUUCUGAUGCUGCGGCCCCACCUGGGCCCUCAAGGAGGGGCCUUCGGCCUCCGCUCUCUCCGUGGAAGCGGAAGUGCCUCCUGGCCCAUUGUCUGGAAGCUGGUGUGAUCUGUGGUGUGAAGAGUGCUUGCUGGGUUCUGGGUCUGCAAUAAAGGAUGUUGAUUCCA